CCUUUCCGCUUCCCACCACCACAUUCUCUUGAACCCUUCUGCAAGAUUUUAGUCAAGAUGGCCAAUAUAUACGACUUGCCGAACGAGAUACUGUUGAUUCUCAUCUAUUUUCUCGAUAUAUCAGACAUACUAUCUCUUAGACAGACAUGCCAUCUAAUGCAUGCAGCCAUCCAAGACAAAUCUGUUUGGACUUCUCUUCUAAAGCAGCAGAAGUACCAAAUCCCCUUUGUUGCGUCCCUCCGCGAACCCCAUUCGCCCUAUGUCCUUGGCCUUGAUGCAUCUGUCCUCCAAUCUGAGGUGCUUACUGCCCGUCGCACCGACCGGCUAUGGCUAGCAAACAGACGCCGUCCUCCCAUCAAAUUGUAUCCUAGCGGAAACGUCCAGCUCAUAGGACUGAACGUGUUCCUGGACAAGUGGCUUCUCGCCGUAUACGGUGAAGGCAUGCACCUAUGGGACCUAGACCUGAACCUCUGCAGUGAAUUCCCGGGAUUCCGAUGUGCGAGUUUGGCACUAAGUAAAUCAGGAUUUGCGUCGUAUACAGCAGCGUUGGAUGACUCUAAUGCCAGGAUACUAAUCGUGCUCAAGAAACAUUCGUCUAUAAGCCCUUUUGUAACGCUCUUGUACGAGAUACCCUUGGUGUCGCCCCACUUUCAUCUUGUGUGUAACAUCGGAUCUAACCCUCUGUAUUCGCCGCGUCAUAUCGAUCCGGUACAUAACGUUGUAUUGUCUUCACAUGCAUGUUCUGUAGAACUACUGGAUUGGACGAAGGAGGAUUCGCCUCCCGUUAUGAUUACAACCAGAGGAGAGAAUCUAGAAGAGAUGUACACCGCUAUCCAGGAUGUCCAUCUCUUUGGACCAUAUAUGAUCGUGUUCAAGACACGUUCAAUCGAACUGCAUCCUUUGCCAAGCGAUCUACGACGCGGACUAUCGGCACUCCAACAUAAUCUCCCUAUACUGAAGCACAAGUUCUCCAAGACGUUCCGUAGCUUUGUUAUUUCAGAGUUCACCACCAACGAACCCUCAGACAUUCUUACACUGGACUUCCUUGCUUUAGAUGUUAUUCACGGCCUUUUCCACUACACUAUACAAGUCACCAUUUCUGUGCCGAGUCUCCAAGUGAACCUGACUGGCCUGAACUCCCUCUCGAACCUCAUCUACAGACAGUCACCCAUAAAACCGUUCGUGCUUCAAGAUGCAUAUGCAGAUCCCAGACACACGCCACUCUACGUGCAAGAAUCCAGUGUUUUCGAGAGCUCCCCGGAAGCUCCACCUGAUGUCUGGGCCACUCGUGAAGAUAACGCUGGCGGAUUCAUUAGUGCCUACUGUAUGGGACCUCAAGCGAUGAGAGCGGUCUGGAUGGAGCGGAGUCGUGGUAGCAUGGUCAGAGAGAUCGUGGCAGCCCGGUUGCAAUGCCCAUCUGAAGUCCAGGAUCUAGAAGAGGUCAUGAGUAUUGAUGCGCGUAUUGUGCAUGAUGAGAGUUCAUACGAUUUACGAGAGGACUUUACGCAUUGUGCGUUGGGAGAGGCCACGGGACGCAUUAUAUUGGGUAACAGAGCAGGGGACCUGUUUUUGUUGAGUGUAGACAAGUAGAAAGGACCACUGAUUUUGGAAUGUUUACGAAUUCAUGUAAACUUUGGGUGGUAG